GCAAGGUUAUCCCACUACUACCAUAUUUGCAUAUUUAGAUUGCGCUCACGCCCACAGGCUGUGUACGUGCCUGUGCAUGUGCGUGUGUCUGUGCGCGUGUGAGUGUGAGAGGUGUUGGAAUGCUUCAUAAUCAUCUUCCACGCAUAGGUUCCAUUUAGAACACUGUGUCGUCACACUUAGAACUUUACACACAACACAAAAGUGAUGACAUCAUAACUCCUUACCUUGUGGGAGAUCGCGCCGCUUGCAUCACUUCUUACUACGAUGAAAAGCAUCGCGGUGUGAGUGAGGGUCUGUGGCGUGAGUCAGCGGCGCCCAGGUCUGUCGAAAGGGCGUGUGAGGGGAUCCAGCUCAUUUUUAGUAGGUGUCACUGCGUCUUCUGCCUCCGUCACAUUUAUAGGAGAGAAUUUAAGCUGUACAGGAAUGCCCCAGACUGUGUGCUCAGGCACCAUGUUCACCACUCCCAGUGGCUUCAGCCCUCAUCUGGCCUGUGCUGAGCCUGAGGAGGAGGCCCCACAAGAGGGCCCGGGGCCAGGGGCUUGCCUGGCUGAUGGGCCCCCGAUCACCUCCGCCUCCUUGGAGACCCUGAUCCAUAACCUGGUCCCCACAGCCGAUUACUACCCCGAGAAAGCCUAUGUGUUUACCUUCUUGCUGAGCGCUCGUCUGUUCAUCCCUCCUCCGGAACUGCUGGCCAGGCUGUGUGAGCUGUGCAUCAAACAGCAGCAGCUGGAUCAGAGCCCACUCGAUACGGCAAAAGUGCGCAAGUUUGGUCCCAAGAUUCUGCAGCUGCUGACAGAGUGGACAGAGACAUUCCCUUCUGACUUCAGGGACGAGAAGAUGGUUGGACACCUUAAAGACAUCGUCCACAGGAUAGCUCCAUGUGAUGAGGCCUACUGGAAAACCCUGAACCAGGUGCUGCAGAAGCUUAGCCAGAGGCUGGCCCUGAUGAGCCAGGGGGAAGAGAGCAUUGUCAAAGUCUCCCUCAACGCCUCCUCCAUCUCUGAUAAGCUGGUGGCCUUCAAAACCAAGCCUCCGCCCAUCCAGAAGGACAUGCUCUCCAUCUGCAACGACCCUUACACAUUGGCACAGCAGCUCACCCACGUGGAGCUGGAACAUUUGAGACAUAUCGGUCCGGAGGAGUUUGUCCAAGCCUUUGUUCAGAAAGACCCGCUAGAUGGAACCCAGCCAUGCUUCAGUGACCAGAAGAAGAAAACCUCCAACUUGGAGGCUUAUGUCAGGUGGUUCAACAGACUGUGUUACCUGGUAGCUACUGAGAUCUGCAUGCCAGCAAAGAAGAAGCAGAGGGCCCAGGUGAUAGAGUUCUUCAUCGAUGUUGCGAGGGAGUGUUUCAACAUUGGAAACUUCAACUCCCUUAUGGCCAUCAUCUCUGGUAUGAACAUGAGUCCUGUGUCACGGCUGAAGAAGACUUGGGGCAAAGCCAAAACUGCCAAGUUCUUUAUUCUCGAGCAUCAGAUGGAUCCUACGGGAAACUUUUACAACUACAGGACGGCCCUGAGGGGGGCCGCCCAUCGCUCUCAGACUGCCAACAGCAACAGAGAAAGGAUUGUGAUCCCCUUCUUCAGUCUGCUGAUCAAAGACAUUUACUUCCUGAAUGAAGGGUGUGCCAACCGGCUGCCCAAUGGCCACGUCAACUUUGAGAAAUUUGUGGAGUUGGCACGGCAGGUUGGGGAGUUCAUGACAUGGAAACAAGUGGAGUGUCCAUUUGAGGAGGAUCGGGCCAUCCUGCACUACCUCCACACUGCUCCCAUCUUCAGCGAGGACGGACUUUACCUUGCGUCCUACGAGAGCGAAAGUCCAGAGAACCAGGUAGAGAAGGACAGAUGGAAAGCACUCAGGUCUAACGUUCUGGGAAAGACAUGAGGGUCUGAUGGCAGCUAAGCCUCCCACCAGCGACGGAGCGUGCGUUCUCAUUGCACUAAAAUGAACUGUGAAGGAACCUAGCUGGUACUUAGGUGUUUUUCUAUGAAGAAAUGGUGGAGAGAGAGAGAACAAAAAAGAAACACGAUGAACAGGAUUCAUCAAGAAGAGUGUAAAAAAAAAAAAAAAGGACAAAAAGAACAAAUGACAUAAACAAAAGUUAAGUGAAAAAGUUAAGCUAUGGAAAUUGGAGCAAAAUGCCUUUGCAGAAUAUUAGCUAUGAGUGAUGAGGUAGAGUAUGCUGGAGAGGGACACGGCCUCUCCUUCCCCUUCCCUCGAUGUGUGUUUACUCUGUGAAGAUAUGUUUACUACUAUAGAGAGUACAGUUACAGGGAAAACCACUUUAUAAAAUGAAAUUCCUACUGAUGCUAUCGUUGUUUUUGUAUUUGCUCUUUCUCUUCCCCUUAGGUCCAAAGCCUUGUCUAGGUACUUAAUUUUACUUUUUUUCCUUUUACUUGUAAUGUACUGUAACUUACAAUGAUGUGAAGGGCGCUGGCUAGCCCGUAUCCACUGUCAAAUUUUAUAGGUCUACUGAAGGAACGGCAACUGUGUGUAUCUGGGAAGACAGACGAGGACAUGCCUUGAGCAUUUUACCAGUUCAUCUCAUGUGUACUGGAGAAGCCUGUUUAUUGGUCAUCUCUUCUUGUGUUUUUAUUUAUUGUAUUUUAUUUUGGGAAAGUGUUAAAUGAGGAAGAUGAACUGUUUAAAAAAAACUGUUUACUCCUUUUUUAAAUGUAUUGUGCCAUUAAUGCAAGACAACUACAGUAUAGCUUAACAGUCACAACAGGAGCCAGGCCAGGUGUAGAUUGUGUACAGGUGACAUUUACCCUUCAUCUUUCUGCUCUCCAGGAAGUUUUCUCUGACUGAUGUUCAGUUGUCUGAUAUAUUUAUGGAGAUUUCUGUGCUGACAGAUGUAUAGUUUUUAUUGUAACUUUCCUUUACUGAAUAUGAAUUCCAAUGGCAUGCUACGACGAGUGUUUUUAAAGGGGCAUUAAGCAUAUCCACCUUGUAAAGAUUACUACUGCAACACAAACUUUGUAGUCGUGAUGCAUUGUUGCAUUCUGUGGAAAGACAAUGAUGACUCUGAGGUUUUUGUCUUUCUAUAUAGUGAAGAGGGAAACUUGUGCCAUAUGAAUCACUGAUUGUUAUGACAAUUCAGGUUCCUCUGACUUGAAAUGUGUUGUUUAUCGUUCUGUGGGAUUGUCACUGAACUUAGUUUUUUAACAACUUUGUCGUGAUUCGGGAGCCAUUUUUUGUGGGUGGGUGGUGGAGGGAGAGGAGGUGUUAUAGGGAAGGGGUCGGGAACUGUGUAAUUAUAAGUCUUAUUCAGUUUGCUAUAAUUGAUUGAUGUCAGUGUUUCCUCUUAAGAAGCACCUUUCCCUCUCAAUAACAGACUGAUCUAAUUCUCCCUCCUCAUUUGUCAUCAAUAAACUUGCUUUCCCUGUAACACGUUCCCCGGCUAAGUUAGGACUAUUAGAGAGCCAGAGAUGUGAAGUCAAACCUGCCAUUUAAAGUGAAGACAUGUUUUAAUAAAACAUUGCCUGUGUUAAACAUGCGUAUUCAGUGACAAUCACAUACAUUACAUCGGUUCUGCUCUUUUUAACAGUGUCACUGCAUUGCCAACUUUAUGUGCAGUUCAAGGAGUAGAGUGUAUUCAGUGUUUUUCAUGGUGAUUGAGGCCAAGCAGACACACUUUAGCCUUCAACAUCACUGCAAGAUGUGUGACUGGUUCCUGAAAAGCCUUUAAUAAAAAUGAGCCAUGCUUA